AUGAUAUUUCUCAUCAACUCGACGUCGUCGCCUCCGCCCUACCAUCUAUGGGUUCCGUUUUACAUUUUCAACGGCCACGAGUACCGUAACCCGAUCAUCGCCUUCUUGAUCUGUCUCGAGUUUAUUCUCUCGCUGUUCUGUGUAUUCAUCACCAUAAAAUUGACGAUUUACAUUUGGAAAAUCCGCGUUUUCCACGUGAACAUGAGCACUCUGGCGAUCGCCUACAUCUCCCAGUACCUCGAGUGUUUCGUCGGAAAAACGGUGCUCACUCUCCAUCAAAACGGUUUUUAUCAUGUUCCAGGUGCGUGUAUUGUGCACAAUUCGCCAGUUCAUCGGCUAUUUCAGGUGUGCCCGCGGACAGAAAGUACACAAACUGGUGGACGGACGAUUGUGACGAGAUUCCGGUGCUCGGCGCGUCGGCCGACGCAUUUCCGCUCUUUUUCGGCGGAUUUCUGAUAUGGCACUAUAUGUAUUCGAUGGUCGGCAUCGCUUUUUCGUUUUGUGUCGAGAGGAUGUUGGCGACGGUGUUGUCCGGGUGAGCAUCAGAGUUGACGCUGACCGUAACCACGACGUUUGCAGCAACUACGAGCAGCUCAACCGCACCUACAUCUCCCUUUUAAUCCUUGCCACGUCACACACCUCAACCCUCUACCUCAGCUAUCAAACGUUCUACGAACACGUACAAAUGGUGCCUACCGUCAUCGCAUGCAUGGUUUGCCUCAUCAUUUCUUGUCUGGUAGGAGAGUUUUGAGCAGGAAAAACGAUGAGAUUCGGGUUCAGAUGUUCGUGGUGACGUUGCUGAUGAAUCAGAAGAUCAACAAACUUCAGACCACCAACAGCCGACACUUUUACACGUUGGCCUACCGGUUUCAGGUGAAGGAGAACAUAAAAGCGUUGAAGGUAGGCGAGCCGAUGAUGGAUGACCGACAAUAUUUGUGUUUUCGUGUCCAGCUCGCCCAACGCGUCAUCCUCUGCAUCGCCUUUUACGUUUUCCUCAAUCUCAUCCUCCUCUCCACCGUUUUCUUUAACGUUUUCGAGCAUUUCAACGAGCCGCUCAUUUUUCUGCUCGAAAAUUGCAUCUACCUGAACCCGCUGCUCAUCUGCCCGAUCGUCUUCUACUCGAUAGAUCCGUGGCGGAAGGCGUUGCUCCGCGAGUUGCCCGUGCUCAAAGUGUUCGGGCGGUCCGAAAAGCCGCCGGAGAGCGGUCAUCAUCAGACCUCCGAUCUCUACUUUACUCAGCUUCAAACAUCGUGGCGGAAGAGCUCCUAG